CCUCCAAGAUGGCGACGCUGUUGGCGGUAAAUUCGGCUGCUAGUCUGUGGGGUCCUUACAAAGACAUUUGGCAAACAGUGGGAAGUGCUCUUUGGAGAAGACAACCUGAAGCUGUUCACCUUCUCGACAUGAUUCUGAAGAAACACAAACCUGACUUCAUCUCAUUGUUCAAAAACCCACCAAAAAAUGUUCAACAGCAUGAAAAGGUUCAGAAAGCCAGUACAGAGGGAGUCGCCAUCCAGGGUCAACAGGGAACCCGACUUCUUCCUGAACAGCUCAUUAAAGAAGCCUUUAUUCUCAGUGACCUUUUUGAUAUUGGAGAAUUGGCAGCUGUUGAGCUUCUUCUUGCUGGUAGGUUGACAUCUAACUGAAACUAUGGUAAAGUAGUACAGAAUUAUAAAAUUAUUCACUGAUAUUUUAAAAUAUUAUAUUAAAUUGGUCAUACCAAUCUCUUAAGGAACUUAAGGACGAGGAAUAAACAAUAAGAUUUGUUCAGAAUCAUAGAGGUGAGAUUUUUAGGAUCACUUGUGGAUUCAGAUAGGUUUAUUUCAUUAGCCUUUAUAAAAAAUAGUUUAUAUUAAGAUUUUGGAAUAUAUUAUAGGCUUCACUGUAAUUUAUUUAUAUUGAUAAUUAUAUGUUUUUAUUUCUAGGUUUCUGAUCUCAUCAAGGAGUGCAGGCAGUCUCUGGCAGAAAGCCUUUUUGCCUGGGCUUGCCAGUCACCUUUAGGCAAAGAUGACACCCUCCUCCUUAUUGGACAUUUGGAAAGAGUGACAGUCGAGGCUAAUGGCUCGCUGGAUGCUGUGAAUCUGGCUCUUCUUAUGGCGCUUCUAUACUGCUUUGAUAUCAGUUUUAUAGAGCAAAGCACAGAGGAACGAGAUGAUGUGAUUCAUCAACUUCCCCUGCUGACAGAGAGACAGUACAUUGCAACAAUUCAUUCUCGUCUUCAAGACUCACAGCCUUGGAAACUGCCUGGGCUGCAAGCCACUGUUAGACUUGCCUGGGCACUGGCAUUGAGGGGAAUAUCCCAGCUACCUGAUGUGACAGGAGAGCACCAACAGCCACAUUUUCCUGGCCUCACCAGAGGAUUAGUAGCUGUUCUUUUAUACUGGGAUGGAAAGCGGUGCAUUGCCAAUUCCCUGAAAGUCUUGGUACAGUCUAGACGAGGAAAGACAUGGACCCUAGAACUGAGUCCAGAGCUGGUGUCCAUGAUAACACGCUUUACAGAUGAGCUGAUGGAGCAAGGAUUGACUUACAAAGUCCUUACACUGGUGUCACAGAUUGAUGUGAAUAAUGAGUUUGAGAAACUACAGCGAGAGAGAGACAACUUUUAUCAGGAGGAAUUUUAUAUUCGUAGAAUCCAUAAUCUCAUCACAGAUUUCCUUGCACUUAUGCCAAUGAAGGUGAAACAGCUGAGGAAUCGGGCAGAUGAAGAUGCUCGAAUGAUUCACAUGAGUAUGCAGAUGGGUAAUGAACCCCCCAUUUCACUUAGAAGGGAUCUGGAACAUUUAAUGCUCUUGAUUGGUGAGCUAUACAAAAAGAACGCUUUUCAUUUGGAGCUUGCUCUAGAAUAUUGGUGUCCCUCAGAGCCUCUUCAGCCUCCCACGAUCAUGGGUUCUUAUCUAGGGGUAGCUCAUCAGCGACCCCCUCAACGCCAGGUUGUCUUAUCAAAGUUUGUUAGGCAAAUGGGUGACCUGUUGCCUCCCACUAUUUAUAUUCCUUAUUUGAAAAUGCUCCAGGGGUUGGCCAGUGGGCCCCAGUGUGCCCACUACUGUUUCAGCCUGCUCAAAGUCAAUGGUAGUAGUCAUGUUGAAAAUAUUCAGGGAGCAGGUGGCAGUCCUGUUUCUUGGGAACAUUUCUUUAUCCUACAGACCGUCAGGGUUCCAAGCCAGAGGCAAGCUAUUGGUAUUGAGGUUGAACUAAACGAAAUAGAAUCCCGGUGUGAAGAAUACCCGUUGACUCGGGCCUUUUGCCAGCUCAUCAGUACCCUGGUGGAAAGCUCAUUUCCUUCUAAUUUGGGUGCUGGACUGCGGCCCCCUGGGUUUGACCCUUAUUUGCAGUUCCUCAGAGAUUCUGUGUUUCUCCGAUUCCGUACAAGAGCUUACCGGAGAGCAGCUGAAAAGCUAAUAGUCUCUCCUUUAGAACAGCUAUUGCAGGGAAUUAAUCCUAGAACUAAGAAGGCAGAUAAUGUGGUAAAUAUUGCCAGAUACCUGUACCAUGGCAAUACUAAUCCAGAAUUGGCUUUUGAAAGUGCCAAGAUCCUCUGCUGUAUAUCUUGUAACUCCAACAUUCAGAUAAAAUUGGUUGGAGAUUUCACACAUGACCAGGUUAUAUAUCAGUUAUGUGCAUGCUCUGAUACAUCUGGUCCUACUAUGAGGUAUUUGAGAACCAGCCAGGAUUUCUUAUUUUCUCAGUUGCAACAUUUGCCUUUUUCGAACAAAGCAAAGGAAAAUAAUCUGGGCCUUGUGGAUCCCUUCAUCCUCCUACAAUACAAAGGAUUCUGGAGUCCCAAGUUGAAUAACUUUCUAUUAUUUUUAGUACGUCGAAAAAUUCUGAGUAUUCUUGACUCGAUUGACUUCAGUCAGGAGAUCCCUGAGCCUUUGCAGCUGGAUUUUUUUGAUCGGGCACAGAUUGAACAAGUUAUUGCUAACUGUGAACACAAGAAUUUACGGGGACAGACAGUCUGCAAUGUCAAGCUUCUUCAUAGAGUUCUUGUGGCUGAAGUAAAUGCCCUUCAGGGUAUGGCAGCCAUAGGACAGAGACCUCUACUAAUGGAGGAAAUCAGCACUAUACUUCAGUAUGUGGUAGAAAGAAAUAAAUUACUGCAGUGUCUUCAUGCAAAGCGGCAUGCACUGGAGUCAUGGAGGCAGCUGGUAGAGAUUAUACUGACAGCUUGUCCCCAGGACCUCAUUCAAGCAGAGGAUCGACAACUGAUCAUUCGGGAUAUUUUACAAGAUGUGCACGAUAAGGUGAAAUAUGAAAUAUCUAUGCUGAACCAAAUGUCAUGGCUAAUGAAGACUGCUUCAAUAGAACUAAGGGUGACUUCUCUGAAUCGUCAACGGUCACAUACCCAGAGGCUCCUACACCUCUUACUGGAUGACAUGCCAGUGAAACCAUACUCAGGUGAAUAUGUGAAUAUUGGCGUUCGUCUUACUGUGCUGGUGACUGGUCUUUGUGAAGACAAGCACGAAUCUGAAUCUUGUGCUCAGUCCAAGAAAACCAUGUGGGAGAGGCUGACAGCCCCUGAAGACGUAUUUAGUAAAUUACAGCGAGAAAACAUAGCCAUCAUUGAGAGUUACGGUGCCGCCCUCAUGGAAGUGGUCUGUCGAGACGCUUGUGACGGCCAUGAGAUUGGAAGGAUGCUGGCCCUGGCUCUACUUGAUCGGAUUGUCUCCGUAGACAAGCAGCAGCAGUGGCUUUUGUAUCUUUCUAACAGUGGCUAUUUGAAGGUCCUUGUGGACAGCUUAGUUGAAGAUGACCGUACUUUGCAGAGCUUACUCACUCCACAGCCUCCCCUUUUAAAAGCCCUUUAUACUUACGAAUCUAAAAUGGCAUUUCUCACAAGAGUGGCUAAGAUACAGCAAGGUGCUUUAGAGCUGCUGAGAUCUGGGGUGAUUGUGAGACUAGCGCAAUGCCAGGUUUAUGACAUGCGCCCAGAAAUGGACCCACAGGGCAUAUUUGGCAUGAGAGACCCUCCAGUGUUCAUCCCUACACCAGUGGAUCGCUACCGUCAGAUUCUCCUUCCUGCCCUCCAGCUGUGCCAGGUCAUCCUCACGUCUAGUAUGGCCCAACACUUGCAGGCAGCAGGGCAGGUGUUGCAGUUUCUCAUUUCACAUUCUGAUACCAUACAAGCAAUUCUGCGCUGUCAGGAUGUUAGUGCUGGGUCUUUGCAGGAAUUGGCUCUGCUGACAGGAAUUAUAAGUAAAGCAGCACUUCCUGGUAUAUUAAGUGAACUUGAUGUUGAUGUAAAUGAAGGAUCUUUAAUGGAGCUACAGGGACAUAUUGGAAGAUUCCAGCGCCAAUGCUUGGGACUACUAAGUCGUUUUGGUGGCUCCGACAGACUCCGUCAGUUUAAAUUUCAAGACGAUAAUGUGGAGGGAGAUAGAGUGAGCAAGAAAGAUGAGAUCGAACUGGCUAUGCAACAGAUUUGUGCCAACGUAAUGGAAUAUUGCCAGUCACUCAUGCUACAGAGUUCCCCCACCUUCCAGCACGGUGUGUGUCUCUUCACACCUAGUCUUUCAGAAACUGUUAACAGAGAUGGACCACGACAAGAUACCCAAGCUCCAGUGGUUCCAUAUUGGCGCCUGCCUGGUUUAGGCAUUAUUGUCUACCUGCUGAAACAGAGCGCUAAUGAUUUCUUCAGCUAUUAUGACAGUCAUCGACGGAGUGUUAACAAGCUACAGAAUGUAGAGCAGCUUCCCCCGGAUGAGAUAAAAGAGUUGUGUCAGUCUGUGAUGCCUGCUGGUGUCGAUAAAAUCUCCACUGCCCAGAAAUAUGUUCUGGCAAGACGGCGUUUGGUGAAGUUGAUCAACAAUCGAGCUAAACUGCUUUCCCUUUGUUCUUUUAUCAUAGAGACCUGCCUGUUUAUUCUUUGGCGCCAUCUGGAGUACUACUUGUUACAUUGCACACCCACGGAUUCUCAGGAUUCUUUAUUUGCCUCCAGAACCUUAUUUAAAAGCAGAAGACUACAAGAUUCCUUCGCCUCAGAAACCAGUCUAGAUUUUAGAAGUGGGCUGACUAUAGUGAGUCAACAUGAUAUAGACCAGCUUCAGGCUGAUGCCAUCAAUGCUUUUGGAGAAUCACUACAAAAGAAACUUCUGGACAUUGAAGGAUUGUAUUCAAAAGUUCGAUCUCGAUAUAGUUUCAUACAGGCUCUUGUCAGACGUAUCCGUGGCCUACUGAGGAUAUCAAGGAACUGACAGCUUGUGCUUAUACUCUUCUAUGGAAGAGAUGACCUGGGGAAACUGUCUCCUUUUUACAGACUAGUUUGUUUCUAAAUUAUGACCAAAAAAUAUUUUGCUAUUUCUUUCUUUAUAUAUGGACAUCUUUUCUGUAAACUUCUUUGCUUGGUUCCAUCCUCACUAUUAAAAAAUAAAUACUUUUUAAAAAAACAAAA